CUUUGCUCGUGGAGGAACCCGGCAAGAUGAAGUACAGCGGCCUCUACUUCAUCUCCAACCCCUCUACCACCGUCGAAGCCGCCCUCGCCACAGUCAGCAGCCUCACGCAGGCCAUCGAGACGAGCUUUCAGACGGCCACGCGCCAGUCGCCAUGGUCGCUGUCGUACCGCUCGUUCCGCGAUACCGUUCCGCCCGGCCACCAGCCGCCCACGGGCGCAGACGGUAAACCACAGCCGUACGCGCAUUCGUACCAGCACCUGCUGCACCUGUCGACCCUCGCCGCGAGCCGCACAUAUAUCUAUGCGCAGCCCGUCGCAUAUCCCGCGACCAUUGUGUCGAUACCGCUGCGCCAACAGGACUCGCAUGCCUCGAUGCUCAGGAACCAGUCUUCGGCGCUGUGGACACAGAGACACGUGCUUGCCGUGCGCGAGGGCUCGUCGUAUACCGGUGGGCUUUGCACAAUACAGAUUGGCGAGCUGCGUGCGACGCGCGAAGGGCCCCAGUCUGGCGCUGCGUCGUCUCCAGGCAUAGUGCUGUGCAUCACUGUCGCGGUUGGCGCAGAGGCCGCAGACGAUGGUGGCGCGGACUCGGGGUACACAUCUACGGACAACGGAGCGGCUAUGCAGGUCGACGAGGAAGACGUCGAUUUUGAGCAUGCGCAGGCUGUGAUACGCGAUUGCUGGAAUACCAUCAAAGAGGGCAAGGAUUUGGGGCGCUCCGAAGUUCGAGAGUUUAUGAUGGCGCCCGCGGCUUUGGCCAAGAAGGGCCAGGAACGUGACGAGGCUGUGCGCAUGUGGUGCGAGGCUCUUAGGUUGCGUGGAUGAAGUGUCUGAAUGCAUUGUUGAAUGACCUCGUCGUUACGCCCAUGUCACAAUCAAAUACAUCGCCUUGUGGUGGAACAUCCUCGAGUGCGCGCGCUGCGUACACCAUACCCAGCCACCGUCAUUGUUGGCUCUUGGCAGUCUCGAAUGCGGCGCUCCAAUACGAGUACAAAGACUUCCCAUGCCCAAGCCGAGAAAUCAACUGCACCAGGAUAUGCUUGGUUAUGGCCUGUCUCUGACGUCGUGCUCGUCAACAUGGAAUACACUCAUCACCUGACUGCUCAUGGUCUCACCCAACACAUACUUCCAUAGUCACCCUCACAACAUAGACAUUGCACACAUCAUGGCUUUUAGACAAAUUCAAUUGAC